AUGAUAAUGAAAUCGAAACUAUUCAUUGGCUUAGUAUUGAUAUCAUGUGUCUCAUACUAUGUGGAGUGCAGGGCUGUGAGACAAGCUGCAACUUGCUCAUUCCAGACUGAUGACUAUUCAUUGUCAUGGGAGUACGAUGAGCUGAGCUCUGAUGUAGUUUUCAAACUAUCAGCUUCUUCCCGCAAUCCAAGUUUCUGGUCAGGAGUCUAUUUUGGCGAUGAAGAAAAGCCGUCUGAUGUAAUUGGUGUGUUUGUUCGUUCUGGUCAAAUUGGCUUAGUUGAUGGCCAUGUUAAUUCUGAGAAUGACAUCGAAUCAGAUGAAACUACAAAUGUCCAAUCACUCACAUUCGAUCUACAAGACCAUACUUUGACUGCCGAAUUCGCUAGACCUUUGACUUCCAUUGAUGAGACCGAUGCCGAUCUGUCUAACUGCGUCACAUUCUAUUUCCCAAUAAAUGCUCCAGCUAUUGAUAUUGGUGGACCAGUUGAAGUUCCAAAGAAUUUGAUUAAGAAGAGAGUCUGUGAUCUGGCUGUCAGUUGUAGCUCUUCCCAUUCACUCGUUGUCAAACGAGCUGAUAACUCAUCGACUACUUGCAAAUAUGAGAGCAACGAUAAGCAGAGAUCUGUGAGCUGGCAAAAAAUGGGAGAGAACGUCCUCUUCAGCAUCGAACAACCAGCCAAGAAAGGAAAAUGGUGGACAGCCAUCGGAGUAGGAGAGUCCAUGCAGGAUUUGGAUCUGAUAAUUACAUUCGCCGAAAAUGGAAAAGUUCAACAUACCGGUGGGUACAAGAGUAUAGGAUACUCAAGCCCUGAAGUCGAUGAAACUCUUACUUCUGCACAUAAACUUGACUCGUUCAAUGUUGCUGAUGACAAAUCCUUCUUCAACAUCGUCGUUCCAUCGACUUUCUUGUCAUCUCGUAUGGAAAAUGAUUGUGUGACUGUUCAAAUGGGAAUUCUUGCUGGUACAUACGCGAAGAAAAGAAAUGACUUCAUAAUUCAGAAACACAGGGAUUCACCAAUUGCUGUUACUAUAUGCAACAUUGAUCAAUGCAGCCUGGUAGAGAAUACUUCGGAGCCGUUACCAUCAUCGUCCACACCCACAUCAACAGCAGCUUCUUCAAUUGUUCCAAAUAAUGAAAUUGAAGAUGUUAUAAUUGAGAAGAAUGAUCAUCAAGUUCAAAAUCAAGAAACUGUACAAGAGCCGGAACAAGAACUUUUGAGCGCUGAGAAUCCAAAACGUGACGAUGAUAAAUCUCUCGAAGGAAGCGGUCAACAAGCUGGAAUAUUCGAAACUGUUUCUCACGAACUUCAAGAAAUCCAAGGAUCUGGAGAAGAUACAGACAAGUCUAAAAGUAGUUCUGAUGAAGUGCUUCCUAAUUUCCUCGAAACUAACAUGACCAAUACUUCUCAAGCUAAUGAUUUAAUCGAGCAAAGCUUCUCUACAACUGCUGAGAAAGUGCAAUCCAACACCUCAGGCCUUGGGCCAGAGAACAGUUCUAUCCUCAGCAGUCAACAACCUAACUUGCAAGACAUUCUUCUGACCUCCACGCCAGCUGAUAGCAUGAAUGUUGUUGUUAUUGUUUCUUCCACUUCCCAAAUACCGGAAGAGUUAAUCGAAAAUGUAACAGCUCUGAAUCAGGGAGAUGCAGAGAAGGAGGAUGCUUCCAAUACUACUACUCUUCUACCAUCAUCAAGCUCUGCAAUUGCCCAAGAUAAUGAACCAAUGAUGAACCAAGCUUCUUCUUCUAUCUUUGAUCUUUCUGUAGCAAACUUGACAGAUGACGGUAGUUCAACAGAUUCAAGCCAAGACAACAGUACGUCUUCUGUCACCUCGAACGGAGUCGUUCCAUCUACUAAUGCUUCUCCAACAUUUACAUCCGUGAGCUCUGGCUCUGAUUUAACUACUGCUAUAGUAAUGCUUAACUCUCCUACCGUUCAGAAGAACAUCGAAGGAAGCGGAAGCGGUGAAGAGCCUUUAGUCGAAUCCACUAAGAAAGAAGUUCUUUCUUCGACUACUCCUACGACUGCAAUGAAUGAGUCUACAGAGGCUGCGCCACAAACAGUCUCUGUUAGUAAUGAAGUCGUCAUGCUUAACACAAUCCUCCCAACACAAACAUGUUCUCAAGAAGAUUUAAAGGUUUGUCAAUCUUACUUCGACGACUACUUAAUCAAAGUUGCUGACUGGUCUCGCCGUCAUGAUUUCUCUGCUUCCUCACAACAAUGGAAGGCCUGCAAGCUACUCUCUGAAGUGAAAAACGUUCCAACUUUAUGUUGUAACAGAUAUCAACAAGAGUGUGCCAAUGUAACUCCACCUCCUCAAUAG